ACCCCCCUUUUCUUUAUCUUGUUUUCUUGGACCACUCCCAGAAAGAAACCUAGAAUCAUUUUUAUGUCUUUUACCAUGGCAUCACUUUUGCAAGCAUGUGAUGAUAAAUGAAAUAGGUCUAAAAUCUUGUAGUUUAAAUUCCCAAUAGCAGAACAAAGAAUAUAUUUCUACUAUAUAUGCAAAAGAUUUCUCUAAACUAUUAUUUACCAUGGUAGAAAUUAUCAAGAGUUAUUAUUUACAAUCUGUACAAGAGAGACAGACACUCGAUUACUGACCGUUAGCCGAGCUGCCAGGUUUGCCCAUCUGUUGUUUGGUAAGGCAGUUUAAGCUUGGGCAUGGCAUUGGCAUGCGAUAAGAGGGAAGUCAUGAGUUUGUGUUGGUAGGGUCAGUGUCACCCAUGACCAGGCAAAGGGUUUUUGGAUAACACAAUUGAGUUUUAAAAACAAAUUCCGCAGUAGUGUUAUUAUAGUUAAUGGAUUUAAAAUUUUAAGUCGUUUCUCUCAUCUCUUUGCUGUGUUUCUUUGAAAAGCCACCAACACUCCAUGUGCUUUAUUUUCCCUACCUUCCAGUUCUUGCUGCUUUUCUUUGUUAACAAAGAAUCCAUCUCUCUCUCUCUCUCUCUCUCUUAACACGGAGAGACGUGCAGUUCUAAUCAUGGAGCUUCUUCUGGCACUGCAUGUGCAUCAAUGCCCCCACUUCCCAUUAUUUUACACUUCUCACCCCUUUUUUCUCUAACCAAUCCUUAACGCCUGUCUCUCUCUCUCUUACUUUACUAAUAUAUAUAUAUAUAUAUAUACAUUAUCUUUCAUAUUCUUGUUGAAGAAGAAGUAGGAAAAGGAAAAAAGAAAAAGCUUUCUUGAACCUUGAAAUGAACAGUCCAACAGGCAGCAGCCGAUCUUGGUCGAUCAGUGAGGACUCGUUGAGAAGAUAUGUUCACUUUGCAAGUGAAAGCUGCAUACAAGAACUGUUAUCAGCUUCAGACUCCAACAGGUUAGGAAAUGGAAAUGAUGGGUGGAAGGUUCUUACUCUAGAAAAUGGUGUAGAGAUAUCAAAACGUAGGUCUGGUUCGUUUCAUGCCUUUCGUAGCAGGUGGCUUCUAAGAUCACUCUCUCCUCAACAAUUCAUCACUGUUGCUAAUGCCAUUGAUGCUGCAAGGCAAUGGGAUUCUGAUCUUGUUGAAGCCAGAUACAUAAAAGAUCUUGAAGAUAAUCUGAGCAUAAUCCGCCUCAGGUUCGGAGAGAACUCUAAACCUCUCUUUAGAAACAGAGAAUUCAUAGUAUAUGAGCGUCGCGAAACAAUGGAAGAUGGAACCUUGGUAGUAGCAGUAGCUUCACUCCCAAAAGAGAUAGCAGCAGGAUUGCAUCCGAAGCAAAAUAAUGCCAUCAGAGGGUUGCUGCUGCAGUCAGGUUGGGUUGUGGAAAAGCUUGAAGAUGAUUCCUGUAUGGUUACUUAUGUUGUUCAGUUGGAUCCUGCUGCUGGAUGGCUGCCCAAGUGUUUUGUGAAUAGGCUCAACACAAAGCUGGUAAUGAUCAUUGAGAACCUCAGGAAACUAGCACAAGAUUGUCCAACUGAUGCUGACAUAUAAUAAAUGAUGUCUCUUCUUCUAUAUAUAUAUUAAAAUAAAAAGCAAA